CUAGAAAAUAAAACGCUGCCUCGUAUCAAAGGUCUUUCUAUUAUCUAACCUUCAUUUUAAUUAACUUAGGAAUUGUAUCAACGCGGUUUCGAUACGCCAGAUGCAUUUAGUAUCUUAUUAGCCCUAUGGGUAUUUUUUUUUAGAAUUAAAUGCGUGUUUAUGUCAAAUAUGAAAAAAAGACAAGUUAAAUCAAUACUACCUGUUAAAUAACAUCUCUAGAUUGUAUUUUGGAUAUUUGCAUGCAUUUCUUUCACGGGUGGAGAGCUCAUACACAGGCUACAUGUUUCCUGACUGGCACGGGUGCCCCAUUCCUAUUGACUUGUCGAUGUUCAGAUUCUAAUAUCUGCCCAGACUGUGUAGUUUAAAGGCUAUUCAAUGCACACAAAGGGGCUGACAGUGAAAUGUGCGUGGUUGCUGAGCGAGUUGCCGUCUCCGGGCUCAGCUCUCGCUGGUUUGACAGACAUCACCGUACCUUUACCAGUUCCAGCUUCAACUCCUCAGCGUUAAAGUCAUCUUCAUGAUAAAGGAUACCUCUCCAGCGCCCUGCGAUCCUUCAAGACCAUGGCAGUGAGUGCAGUGUGAGGGAAUGGGAAGUGUCAAGGAAUCCAGUGUUAUCUCUCAGAUACAGAUCUGCCCUGGACUGGUGAUGGAGGGCUCCAUAGGGGCUGAGCCUGGAAGCGACACCCCCUCCCACGGCCCGCGAGAGGGGGCAAGCUGUGAAGCUACCUCAAGCUGUGGCCCCCCUCAAUCCAACGUCUAUUCUACAAGCAACCACCAAAAUGCAAAGAGCUGCUGCCAGCCGGAAACGACUGCGAAGAGGCCAAUCUGCAAUGCUCUCCAAAGCCCAGAAGAGACUUUUAAUGUGAGCAAGGAGCACUGUGAGUAUUUACCUGCUGGAGGACCCAGUGCAGCACUCAGUGUUAACGCAGAGCCUGAACCACGAUUGAAAGACACAUCAGUUAAGGUGGUAACAGCUCUUAAGAUUGAGAGUGAUUGUUCAGUGGCGUCAGGCAAUCAGGGAGCUGUGGUGGGUACGUUGAACCGGUUCAGUGAUGUGGAUACUAACCAAGACUGUGACAAAGUGACUGCAGACAAUCAAAUGGAAAAGCAGGGGACGGGAGGGAGUGCAACCCUUCGAAAGGAUCUUAACCUGAAAGUGUCCGAUCAUGAACAUAGAGAGUCAAUCAAGGAAGACGUCAUUCAAGAGAUGUCAUUGUCACAACCCUGCAAGGUGGAGAAGCCUUCUUUAGAUACAUCUGGAGAUCCUGUUCAACUCAAGGGGUCUUCUAAUGACUUGCCAGAUGAUUCCAAAGUGAUUACGAACGCAGGAGUAAUAAAAAGAAAAGACUUAAGCCUCAAAGAGGCUAUCAAUCAGUCUAAUUGCAGGGCUGAAAAGUAUAACCAGGAUUCCUCAUUGCAUGAAGACAAACAGAAAUCUAGCAUGGAAUCUAUAGCUGAUCCAGGCUUACAAGAAACCAGUAAAGGAGAUACACACGUAAAAGAAAUAAAGGAGGUGCCAUCUCUAGACAAGAAGGUCUGUGAGUUCCAUCAGGAGAAGCUUGCAAAACACCCCCAGCCCACACGCAACCAUGAAACCGAAGAGCUAUCUACUGUGGUUUCAGGUCCUGAAAGUAAUACAUAUACUGAGGCUAGAGACCAAAACAAGAAGCAAUCUGGAGAGCUGACAAUAACAUCACAUGCUACUUUGGAGGUCUGCGGCACCAUUCAAGAAACUACCAAGCCCUUACAAGUAGAAAUACAUGAUCAAAAAAACGCUUCGUGUAACGGAGGGCAAAAGGAGCUCGGGCAAUUGGAAAGGAAGCAAAGGGAAGAAUCACAUUGCCUGGGUGAGGCUAGAAUGAAGCUCACGCUACACGUCGAGACAGUGGAGGAUAGCAGCGGUGAAGCAGUGGGUCUGUGCCUAUCACAGAACAUCCCUGGUGUUCACGCUGAGAUUCAGGUCGGCCUGGGGGUGCCGUGCAGGUCAGCAGCAACCAGCCCUAUGACACCGCCUGAGGGGUCUGACAGUUUCUUUUUCCCUGUGGGGAAGGCAGGGCUUGAGGAGGUUAAACCUGCCAAGAAGGAUGCAGAGCUGCAGGUGGGCAUGCAAGUAGAGUCCAGGUCAGUUGCCACUGCGCCCAUGACUCCAGGUAGGAAGUCUCCCCAGGCUUCGUACCCUGAGAUUCACAUCAAAGGGGUGACAGAGGAUGACAAGCCUGAGCCAGUGCGGGAGGUCAGGUGGGACGAGAAGGGGAUGACCUGGGAAGUGUACGGGGCCUCCAUGGAGGUAGAGGUGCUGGGGAUGGCCAUCCAGAAACAUUUGGAAAAGCAGAUUGAGGAACAAGGGAAGCAACCUCCGCCACAGCCCCUUCCAUCGGCACACCCGCCACCCACAAACCCAGAGCUCAACAGAGCAAGCUCAGUCAAAGGUGCGCUGAAGAAAGCUGCCGGGGGGAAGAAGAAGAGACGGCAGAGGAAUCCCUUUCGAGCUGUCCUGCAAAACCUCCACCGACCGCAGUGCUGCUCGCGGGCAAACACCAUCGAGUGAAAGAGAAAUCAAUCACGUGUCUCAGCAUUAUGUCAAACCUUCUUAGUAACAGAUUUUGAACUCCAAGCACCUAAGGCACAUUUAAGCAUUUAACAUCUCUCACUUUUGUUCUCUCUCCAUUGCUAACACUAUCUAAUACUUUCAUCUCAGCUAUUCAAAGUGAUUUUUGAAGACUGCCAGACAGACUGAAGCCAAACAUGAGAGAACAUCCAGGAACUCAGUAUUGGAGUUCAUGCUGACUGCACUGCAUAGUGUUAUUAUGCUUUGCUUUGGAGCAGCGUAAAAAGUAACUGUUUAUUAUAAACAGCAAGGUCACAUCUACAUUUAUUGUAGACAGAUGCAAAAAAAUGUGUUGCUUUGUUUUUUCCUCCACCUGUGCAUUUUAUUAAAACCAAACGGUGAUCUGUCAUCAACAUAACCUAGUAUAUUAAAUAUGAAAAAAUGUGCAUAUGCAUUACAGAAAUACACACAUAAUUGACACCGAUAUUUGCAACUGCUGACAUGUCUUCUUGGUAGCAUUUUCCCAUUGGUAUGUUCCUUUGAAAUUGAAAUAUAAAGUUCAAAUUU